GUGGAGAGAAAAAAGAGAGGAAAGAAAAGGAAAUAGAAGGAAAUGAGAAAGAAAAGGGAAGAGAGAAAAGGAGAGAGGCACAAGGGAAAGAAAGUGAGGCAGAAGGGAAGUAGAAAAAAGAAAAGGAAGAAAAAGAAGAAGGAGAUGGGAGGCAAAAAGAGAGGAAGAAAGGAAAAGAGAGAGAGGAAGAAGAGAAAAUGAGGAAACGGAAGAGAAGUGGUGAUAUAUAUAAGACUUAUAUGGACCGAAAUCAGUCCGUAUAAUCCUCAUUGGCGCGCCACACAAAAAAAUUUCAAUUUUUUCGGGAAAAUUUUUGGCGCAUUAAUCAUAUUCAGACCGAAAUCGGUCUGAAUAUAAAUAAAUUAGCGCAUAAUCAAUAAGAUUCAAAUUAACGGUAAAAAUUUGA